AUGUUGCUGGUGUUGGUGCUGGUGUUGCUGCUGCUGCUGUUGCUGGAUGAGCUGACGACGAUCCACUACCUGUCGCGUAGCAAGAUCGUCAACACGGAGGUGCGUGAGCUGUCGCGCGUGGCUCGAGGCAAAGUGCGCCCUGGCGACACGGACGACUGGAAGAACGAGCAGCUGCUGGUGCCGCCGCUGCCGCCGUCCAACCUGCGCGGCUGUCAUCUGAUCAAGAUCCAGUACGACGUCUACUUCACCAUCCGGCCCGACAACCUAGAGAAGGAGAUCAAGCUGCAGCUGCCCGUCACCAUCGCCUCCUACCCGUACCGCAACGCCGACGGCACGCUCAAGCGGAAGCGCGGCGCCCACUACCCGACCACGCUGCCCAUGCAGCGGCCCUGGCUGGACAAGAGCAAGCCGGCCGCCUGAGCGCCCGGCGCCGGGCCCAGCCGAGACUUCCCGCACAGCGCCGCCGAUCGGUCACCCCGGCCGGCGGGACCG